AAGCCAGUUCUCUGUUCAUCCUCCUCCUCGGCAGCGGGCAGGCGAGUGGCCCCUAGUUCCGGGAGCAGAGCAGCAGCAUCCCAGUCCUAGUCCUCCAGCCUCGAGCCUCGCCUGCCCGCCCAGUGCCAGGAUGGCCACCAUCACCUGCACCCGCUUCACAGAAGAGUACCAGCUUUUCGAGGAACUGGGAAAGGGAGCCUUCUCUGUCGUACGAAGGUGUGUGAAGGUGCUGGCUGGCCAGGAGUAUGCUGCCAAGAUCAUCAACACCAAGAAGCUCUCAGCCAGAGACCACCAAAAGCUGGAACGUGAGGCCCGCAUCUGCCGUCUGCUGAAGCACCCCAACAUUGUCCGACUCCAUGACAGCAUCUCUGAAGAGGGACAUCAUUACCUGAUCUUCGACCUGGUCACUGGUGGAGAGCUGUUUGAAGACAUUGUGGCCCGGGAAUAUUACAGUGAGGCCGAUGCCAGUCACUGUAUCCAGCAGAUUCUGGAGGCUGUGCUGCAUUGCCACCAGAUGGGGGUGGUGCACCGGGACCUGAAGCCUGAGAAUCUGCUGCUGGCCUCCAAGCUCAAGGGUGCCGCAGUGAAGUUGGCAGACUUUGGCCUGGCCAUAGAGGUGGAGGGGGAGCAGCAGGCAUGGUUUGGGUUCGCAGGGACACCUGGAUACCUCUCCCCAGAAGUGCUGAGGAAGGACCCAUAUGGAAAGCCUGUGGACCUGUGGGCCUGCGGGGUCAUCCUGUACAUUCUGCUGGUUGGGUACCCCCCUUUCUGGGAUGAGGACCAGCACCGCCUGUACCAGCAGAUCAAAGCCGGUGCCUAUGAUUUCCCAUCACCAGAAUGGGACACGGUCACGCCAGAAGCCAAGGACCUGAUCAAUAAGAUGCUGACCAUCAACCCAUCCAAACGCAUCACAGCCGCCGAGGCCCUCAAGCACCCCUGGAUCUCGCACCGGUCCACCGUGGCCUCCUGCAUGCACAGACAGGAGACCGUGGACUGCCUGAAGAAGUUCAAUGCCAGGAGGAAACUGAAGGGAGCCAUCCUCACCACCAUGUUGGCCACCAGGAACUUCUCUGGAGGGAAGAGUGGAGGAAACAAGAAGAACGAUGGUGUGAAGGAAUCUUCAGAGAGUACCAACACGACCAUUGAGGAUGAAGACACCAAAGUGCGGAAACAGGAAAUUAUAAAAGUGACAGAGCAGCUGAUUGAAGCCAUAAGCAAUGGAGAUUUUGAGUCCUACACGAAGAUGUGCGACCCUGGAAUGACGGCUUUCGAACCCGAGGCCCUGGGGAACCUGGUCGAGGGCCUGGACUUCCAUCGAUUCUAUUUUGAAAACCUGUGGUCCCGGAACAGCAAGCCCGUGCACACCACCAUCCUGAACCCCCACAUCCACCUGAUGGGCGAUGAGUCAGCCUGCAUAGCCUACAUCCGCAUCACGCAGUACCUGGACGCUGGCGGCAUCCCCCGCACCGCCCAGUCAGAAGAGACCCGUGUCUGGCACCGUCGGGAUGGCAAAUGGCAGAUCGUCCACUUCCACAGAUCUGGGGCGCCCUCUGUCCUGCCCCAUUGAAGGACCCGGCUGGGGUCGCUGCGGUGUCAUGUCGCAGAGAUCCACUCUUUGUCCUUGGAAAGUGGCUGCUGAUUCUCUCUCUUGGAUUUUGCUGGAAUUCUCCCCAUCUCAUCGAUCGAACAGUUUACCUCUGUUCCUGCAUCGAGAAAAUCUGCUUGUUCACAAAAGCCAUCCCGACUUCAAAGCAAAUGGCCAGCUCUCCCCACCCCCACCCCUUACUCCUGCUCUCUUCCUGACAGGGCAGGGCUUCCUCAGGCCUGAAUACCUGGGGUGCUGGCCCCAAGGACUUCCCCCCCACCACUUCCACCCACUGUUGUUGGCCUGGACUGGCCUUGGCUCCAGCUAUGUGUUCACCAGGCUUGAGGAGGAGAGAUGUGUAGUGGGGGUUCCUGUCAUGGACCUCUCCUCUUCUGGGGUCCCCGAAGAAGUACAGGUGAACCUCCCCCCCAUCCCCAUGGCCAGCCUCCCUGUGGGAGAGUAUGAAAGAAGGGCAGAACAGGAAGCCCUGCCUUCAACUGCUGCCCAGAUCUCCUCCCCUCCUGGGCUGGCCUUCUGGGGGUCUGCUGACCCUUCCCAGUACAGGGAGUUCAACCCCUCACCUGCCCCACUUGCUGCCUCCUGCGAAGUCCACCUGCAACAUUGACCUGCUCACCCACCCUCCAUCAUCUUUGGAGAAUUCCAACUUCAUCAUGUCCGAGAGAGAACCUGAUUGUGUUUCAGGGGCAAAAGAAAGCAACGUUUAGGAAUUACUUCUAUUUGGACCGCAUGCCUUUUUCUAGCCAAACUUCUGUGUAUUUCGUAAAUGGAUUUUGCGUUAAGGAAUAUUUAUGUAAUAACUAAGCCUUUCGAGUUAUGUGAAGAGGGCUGGGUUGGGAAGGGGAUAGAAAGAGGGGUGAGAGGUAGUUUUUAUUCUGUUCUAGGCUUUUUUGGUUUCUUUUGGUCCUUUCUGAGGUGGACUUUGUCACCUGUGGUUAUCUGAGGCUGAGGCGGACUUGGCCCCAGGAAGCAUGGCCUCUCUGCCAUUCUGGUCCUGAGGUGAGCCAGUGCAGGCCUCCCUUCCAAGUGCUAGGUGACUAAGAAACAGUGAGUCUAGGCAGGGAGAGGGCUGAGGCUAUCAGGAUGGAAACAUCCGGGCUUGGCUUCGCUUCUCUCUCAAACUGGGGUCCUUACCACUGAACUUUCCAGGAUUUCCUUCCUCCACAUGUGUGUGGAGCCCCCAGUGCCCCCACCCACCCCUUGGUCUCUGAACAUGGGUGAGCAUGGGCCUUCAUUGCCUCUCUCUACCCUUGGCAUCUGAUGGCCAAAGCAGAGCACUGGAUACUUCUGCCUGCCUUCUAGUCUUCACGCCUCACCCUGAAUCUGGAGUUUCUCUCUCUCUUCCUCUCUCUCUCUCUCUCUCUCUCUCUCUCUCUCUCUCGCUCCUUUCCUCUCUCCCUCCCUCUUGCCCAAAGCUGACUGGUGUGGAAUGCCUUGGUACAUCCACAGGAUCUGCUGUCUGCACUGUUUCCUUUGCAUGACUUUAUAUGCAGUAAGUAUGUUGAAAAAAAUGAAAAGAAGAAAAACACUCAGCAAAAUCAAUCUACAUGUUUUGGAUAAAAAAAAACAAAACACCCAAUAGAGGUUGUAUUCUCAGUGUCCGACUCGGAAUUACAUUGCUGCCUCUCUGUGCUUUUGGCCUCUGUGUGGCCGUGUUUUGCCAGCAUGAGAUACUGUCCCCUCUGGAGGAUCUAGGGGAGGAAGAGCCACAUCCCCUGUGUUAGGGUUUGGAGGACGCUGCAGUGCCCUCAGCCCUCCCGGGUGUUGGCUGGAGCAGAACUAGGGGGAUGUUUAAUCCUGAACUUUCUAGUUCUCCCCCAUCAUGAGUUGUCUGCUGGGCUCUUUUCUUAAGUCCUGCUGCACAGGGACAGGUGAGACAAGCUGGGCUGCAGGCCAGGAAAGGGGCUGCCCAGACCUCUCUUUUGCAAGCUGGCCCAUCACUGGCCUCUGUCCCUGGAAGAGAUCCUGCUGCCCUGUCCUAGAGGGUGUGCUCCUUGCCUGCCCCAGGGCCCAGAGGUCUUCUCAGUAAGGUUCAGUGAUCUCAUUUUCCCAGCAGCAAAACUACCUGUCCCUCUGUGAACUGCCGGUUCCCUAUGGCCAUCCCCAAUCAAAGGUGAAGGAGAGGUGUGGCCUUCACCAGGGGAUGCUACAAUUACCAAGCAAGGUCUGGUUUUUUUCUUCAGCCUCAGUUUCCCCAUCAGUUAAAAAGGAUAAGUGUUCCUAACCCAGACUGAUGGAGAAUCAAAUUGAUGGUGACAUGAGGCUCAGUAUACCUGAGGGGAACUUACAGUGUUCGGCGUUGGCUGGCUUUCUAUUUGCUUUAGGCCUGGCCAGCCCCCAUCCUCGCCCAUACCUGCCCCUCGUUCCCCUCUUUGGUGCCUGUCCAUUGCUUAUCAGCAGUGGACUGCAAGGAAAAGAGAAGUGGUUGGGGGGUUAAUAGACUUCAAUUCUUAGCUCUGACCAGACUUGCUGUGUGACCUUGGGUGAGUCCUUUCCUCUUCUGGGACCUUGGUUUCCCUACCAGAGGAAACAAGAUAAGGAGGACCCCCAAAUCUUGCCUUUCUUUGGCUGUCACACCUCUGUCCACUGUGUGCCUCUCCAAGUGCCAGAAAAGUGGAGGCAGAGCCCUACCCCAGGCUGUGAUGGCCCUUACUGUAGAGGCCACCCCUGUGGGUGAGCAGUCACCGGAUGUAGACCCUGAGGACCAGGGUGACCCUGAGGCAGCAGGCAGGAAACACUGCCCAGAGCCCACCAGACAAACUCUAUGCUCCUCUCAAAUGCCCUCUAGAUGCAAAAAAAAAAAAAAAAAAAAA